AUGGACAUCAGCUUCCAGUACUCGAAAAAGCGAUGCGAGUUCGGGCGGCAGCCGCUGUUCUGCGAACAGGGGCCCGACAUGUGCGACUCCAUUCCCACAGACAUCGCGGAGCACAAACGCUACAUCCUGCGCAACCCGGUACACCAACUGGUACAGAACACGCCCGCCUUCUCCGAAAUGUACAUCAAUACCAUUCGGGCCGAGUACACGGUGUCCGGCGCCAACCACGACGAAGGGGGCUGGCCUCGUGACAUCAAUAUCUACGAUCCCGAGGCCACACAGCGAUACCGCCGCAAAGUUGAAAAAGAUGACCCCUACAUACAUUGUGUCAUGAUGCUAGCUCCGGGUAUGGAGCACUACAUUCUGCAGAACAACGCGGUCGACAUGUACCGCACAUAUUACGCGGAGAUGACGCAGCUACCGCCCGUAGAGGUGACGAGUUGCCGCACCUGCAAUCAGUACCGCGACCCGCUGCAGCGGCCCGUGUCAUCGAUCAGCUGGCGGCCCAAGGAGCCGCAGCAGUUCUCCACCUGUUACGUGGAGAUGGACUACUACCGCGUACCACGCAAGGCCACCGUAGCUUUUAUCUGGGACGUGGAGAACGCGACCUCACCCAUAACCAUGCUGCAUCCAGCCAACACGCUGCUGGACCUGAUAUACAAUCCGCGCGAUGAGAACUUGUUAGUGGGCGGGCUGGUCACCGGCCAGGUGGCAGUAUAUGACGCCCGGCGCGGCGGCGGCGCCACCUCCUGCUGCCCACCGCAUGUGGCGCAUCGAGAUUUAGUACGCAAGGUCCUCUUCAUCCACUCCAAGACUGGCAUGGAGUUCUUCUCGGGAAGUCCGGACGGCGCGUGCAAAUGGUGGGACUUGCGGAAACUCGACGAGCCCACAGAAGAGAUGAUCUUAGACGUAGUGAAAUCGAGCAAUGACGAGCAAAGCAUGGCAACGUCAUACGGCGUAUCCGCACUCGAGUACGAGCCCACCAUCCCCACGCGGUUCAUGGUAGGCACCGAAAAUGGCUUAGUGCUCGCUGGCAACCGCAAGGGAAAAACACCGAUGGAAAAGCUUCCUACCAAGAUUCCGACGCACAACGGGCCAGUGCUGUCGUUGCAACGGAACCCAUCGUUCCCGAAGAACUACCUGACGGUAGGCGACUGGACGGUGCGCGUGUGGAGCGAGGACUGCCGCGAAUCCGCUGUGCUGUGGUCGCCGCCGCUGCGGUACUACUACACCAGCGGCGUCUGGAGCCCUACGCGGCUCUCGCUCAUGCUAAUGACCGGGGCUGACGGGAAAUUGUCACUGUGGGACUUGCUGCGGCGACAAGGCGAGCCAGUCCUCACCAUGCAGCUCGGCAUGGCUCCACUUCUCACGCAGGCGUUCCACGAACAGGGCUCUCUCUUGACUAUUGGCAACAAAAUUGGCACCGUCUACCUCGUCGAACUCUCGCACCACCUCGUGCAAACCGACAAGAACGACAAGCAUCUCCUCACUGCGAUUUUUGAGCGCGAGAGCAAACGCGAGCGCAUCUUGGAGGCGCGAUUGCGUGAGAUCCGGCUGAAGCAGCGUCAGGCAGAGGAAGGCACUCCGCAGACCUCGGCCACGGACUUGGACCCCACGGCGGGAGACAGGGACCUAGCAGAGGCCGGCACUGACUUCAUGCAGCAAGUCAAGAAGGAACUCGCCCUAAUGUAG